AUGGAGCUCCAUCCACCCACUACGACAAUUGAUAUCGAAAUCUCAGCCGUUGAUAAACAAAACAUUUACUUGCUUACCCAUCUCAUCAAACGGCUAAUAAGGUGCAUAUAUCCUUUGCAUGGAGUGUCAGCGUCGAUUACUCACCUACCUCGUGAUGAAUUGUUACUGUUACUGAUCGCCAAAAAUCAGCUGCCAAACGUAAAGAAGAAACAGCAACAAGAGGACAAGAAGGAAGUGCUUAAAAAAGCCAAUCAUAAGACGGUAGCAGCCGUUGCCGUUGCCGCGGCGGCGGCCACCAUCACCACCUUCCUUUCCCUUGUGUCUCCGUCGUUGACGUUUAUGCUUCAUGACUAUGUCUAUGCUUUUGUCCCUCGCCAUUCCUUCCCCCCCCACCCUCAAAACUUCAAAUUUUGA